UUCUGAAAACAGAUCCAAGAGGCCUCACUCGAGCGAAUCGACGUUAUUUUAUCGAGUAUUGUAGCCGAUGGUCGAUAUCUGUCUGAAUUUUCACGAUAUUCUUUAUUACGUCUAGCUUGACAGCAAUAGACACGAACAAGAUCAUUCAAGAUGUCUACUCCAAUAGUAAAACCACAACUUCGACAUCUCCUCACGGCACAGAUUAAAAAGAAUCUUGUAACAAUGAUGGUAGUUAGCAUCAGUGCGGGGGUGGCGUAUAAGAUUCUUGUUGUCGAUAAGAGAAAACAAAGAUACGCUGAUUUUUACAGAACUUACGAUGCAGAGAAACAGCUAAAGAUAAUGAAUGAGGCUGGUCUCAUGCAGUCCUAUAAGCCUUCAAAGAAGUAAAUUUAUAUGUACAAAUGAUAGAAGAAAAGCUUGAGAGAGCGAAAAUAAGAUAGUCUUUUUCGGGAUUAUAUAUUAUAUCUAUAUAUGUAUAAUCAAUAAAUUCAACAUAGUA